CGGCGCGCCCGGCCCCACCGGCCCGCGGGCAGCGGAGGCGCGCGGCGGCUGCUCGGUGGGACCCUCCGCGGAGCCGGGGGCAGGAUGCUCCGGUGGUGUGGAUGACCUGCGGUCCAGCCCCAGCACGGCCCAGGCCCGCAUGCCGCCGCCCCGCGACGACCGCUCCCCGAGGGCCGCCUGGGGCCCGGCGCCGGUAGACUCCUGACCCGGAGCCGGCCGCCCAUCCAUCCCGGACAGACGGACGCCCGGGGGGCGGAGGAGGCGCAGGCGUGAGCGGCCCUAGCCGAGGAGCCAGCCCGCGGCCGACGGCAGGGGGACCGGCCAGGGCUUCGCGGCCGCUCGGAAACAUUCUCCCCACGCGGCUCGGCAAGAUGACCAGCCUGUUCCGCCGGAGCAGCGGCGGCGGCGGCGGUGGCGGCGGUGGCGGCGGCGGCGCGGCGGGGGCGCGCGGGGCGGGGGCCGGGGGCGGCGGCGCGGCCCCCCAGGAGCUCAACAACAGCCGGCCCGCCCGCCAGGUGCGCCGCCUGGAGUUCAACCAGGCCAUGGACGACUUCAAGACCAUGUUCCCCAACAUGGACUACGACAUCAUCGAGUGCGUGCUGCGCGCCAACAGCGGCGCCGUGGACGCCACCAUUGACCAGCUGCUGCAGAUGAACCUGGAGGGCGGGGGCGGCAGCGCCUAUGAGGACAGCUCCGACUCCGAGGACAGCAUUCCCCCCGAGAUCUUGGAAAGGACUUUGGAACCUGAUAGCUCCGAUGAAGAGCCCCCGCCUGUGUACUCCCCGCCGGCCUACCACAUGCACAUGUUCGACAGGCCUUACCCUCUCGCUCCCCCCACUCCACCUCCCCGGAUUGACGUACUCUGCUCUGGACCCUCCGCAAGCCAGAGGCGCUAUCGGAACUGGAACCCGCCACUGCUGGGCAACCUCCCUGAUGACUUUCUCCGCAUCUUGCCCCAGCAGCUGGAUAGCAUACAGGGUAACCCCGGGGGCUCCAAGCCUGUGAGUGGAGAGGGAGGCCCUCCCUCCGUGGCUGGGCCUGGGGCCCAGGACAGCCGCUGGAAGCAGUACCUGGAAGACGAGAGGAUUGCGCUCUUCCUGCAGAAUGAGGAGUUCAUGAAGGAGCUGCAGCGCAACCGUGACUUCCUCCUCGCCCUGGAGAGAGAUCGAUUGAAAUAUGAGUCCCAGAAAUCCAAAUCCAGCAGYGUGGCUGUCGGAAACGACUUUGGCUUUCCCUCUUCAGUCCCAGGAACCAGUGAUGCCAACCCUGCUGUGUCUGAAGAUGCCUUAUUCAGGGACAAGUUGAAGCACAUGGGAAAAUCCACCCGGAGGAAGCUGUUUGAACUGGCCCGGGCCUUCUCCGAGAAGACCAAAAUGAGGAAGUCCAAGAGGAAGCACUUGCCGAAGCAUCCAUCGCUGGGGGCUGCUGCAUCAACAGCUAAUCUUCUGGAAGACGUGGAGGGCCAUGCUUGUGAUGAAGACUUUCGGGGAAAGCGGCAGGAGGUGCCCAAGGUGGAAGAAGCCCUGAGAGAAGGACAGUAAGAGAUGCCAGCAGCUCCUCCUUGCCAGAGAUGCUCUGACCCGGUGGGGACAGCGAGAGCAACACCGGCACCCAGCUGAAGGGCCCAGCUGCAGCCGGACAGAUGGUGCUUGCAUACCGAGGCCCAGUGGUUCUCCGGCCACAGUCCAGCCCAGCCACUGCCACUUUUCAUGGGACUUAGAACUUCGGAGUUGCCAUCUGUUAUUGGAGGGGGGACCUGGGGCCCCUUAAGCCAGCAGCUGGUCACAGACCCUUUUGUGGCCAGGCUUUUCUCUGGGCAAUGGGGAAUGCAGGAACCAACCUUUCUUUAAAAAAAAAAAAAAAAAAAGAAAAGAAAAAAAAAAAUCCCAGCAGAUGGCUUAGGUUGGAGUUUGGGAAAGGGUAGGAUAAUCCUACCAGAGGCGCUCUGGCCUGCAGGUAGAGCUUCUGCCCCUCUCUCUUCCCCAUUUCUCCUGCCAGGCCAUGGGCUGCCUGGUUUACCCCCAUCCCCUGCUCCCUUUGGGCACUCAUGCCCUUUCUUCCCAAGGUCUCCUGCAUCCCAUCUUUUUCCUGAUCCUCUACACAACUCUGUACAGAGUUUGGUGUAGGAGAGCCCUGGACAGUCAAUCAGGCACCGUCUGAGGAGUGCUGGGUCACCACAAGGAGGAAUCUGUCACCUGCCCAGGCCUGGCUCAUCAAGCUGCUUCUGUUGAGGGCUGGCAGGGUCCCCACCCCCACCCCCACCUCACCACCCCGCAGCCUUGUCUUCACCCAGCAGGGAUGGGGAGRGUGGUUCCCCCCGGAGCUGGAGGACUCUUGGUGGGCAGAGUCUUUAGUUUGGCYGAAGAUAAAAGCCAGUCUGGAGUCACACACCACAGUGGUGGCUCCCUGGGACCCUGCCUUCCCAGCUGGACUCUUAGGGUGGGUGGCAGUAGUGGGAGGGGGUGGUCAGGAGUGAACCCCCUUUGACAGUGUGCAGGGAUGAAGUUGGCAAAGAGGCUGCCAGCCUGGGUGGGAGCUUAUAGGACUGAAGGGCUCACGGGGUGCCCUUUGCUAAAGUCCAGAAGAUGACCUAAGAAGGAAACUCCGAUUCUACCAAUGCUUAACCGGCACCAACCACUGCCAAGGGGAAAGAGGCCGUGAGUCUCUUCGGCCCCUCCCUGGACAUGGGAACGCGCUGACCUUUCCGGAGAGCUGGGAAGCCUGGGCAGGCACGAGACUCUUAGAACUUCAGAGUUGCCAUCUGUUAUUGGAGGAGGGACGCGGGUUUGGAAGUUUGGGAAUGAGCUUCGAUCUUUGGCUGGGCCCUGGUGGCAUCCAGGGGCCGAGAGACAGUGUGUGCAUGGCGAGGGCCUGAUAGCUCCUCGUCCUGCCUGCCCCCUACGCGACUCCUGGCGCGGAGCUUCCCUAGCUCCCGAGAACAGCCAGCACCGCGCGAGCGGAGGGUGACCAAGUUUGGAAGCAGCGCACGGUGCCAGGGGCCCUGGCCUGGGGCCGCCCGCCCUCUAUUGGGGAGGAAGAGCAACCCUCCCCAGUCCGCCUGCUGUCAGCGGGAUGCCCAGAUGGGUCUGACCCUGAGCGUCGAGGAAGAGGUCUGGGCUGUGACCCUGACCCCUCCCCACGCGGGGGCCAAGUGCACGCAAGGAAGCCGCAACUCCGUGUGUGUGUGUGUGUGUGUGUGUGUGUGUGUGUGUGUUGCUUUGUUGUUUUCUCCUCCUAUGUGUGGGUUUUUUUCUUGGAGCGGUUUCAUAGGAAUUCCUGUAAUAAAGACUUCGUGUUCUCUUGGU